AUAAUAUAAAAUUAAAAUAAUUUUGAUCUUUGACAUGGACAGACAAGUUUGAAAAUUGAAAGUUCGGAGAUUGAUGCAAUUUACUGUAAGAGAGAAAUUUCAGAGGGAGAUGACAUCUAAAGAUUCAGAAGGGAGCAGCGGACGCCUACGCCGGGGCCGGCGACAACAGAAACCUCUCGUCAUCUUCGUCGCAGUCUACCUUGCUGCUGCGGAAGUUGCACGACCUCAAUCGAGAUAGACUAGAAUACUGAAAGACCGAGCCCAGGAUCAUCGCUCGAUCUGAACUUUCGUAGACUCGAAGGAAUAGGAGUGGCGACCCACUGCUGCCGUCGUCACUGAUUCGCCAUCUCCGUUGCCCUCGCGGGAGGACCCAGAGUUCGUGCCGAUUUUCCUCUUCAUCCCUCGAUUCCAUUGGUUCACAAACACGGUCACACGGGGUGAGAUGGAAAUAAACAAGGGAGGCAGUGGAUCUACUUCAACAGAUUUUCUUCUACAAUGGAGCCAGUGGCAACUGCUUGAUUCCAUUCUCCCUACUGGCGGUUUUGCUCAUUCAUUUGGUCUUGAAGCUGCAAUUCAAGCCAGCAUAGUCUCUAGCCCUGAAGAUCUUCGAACACAUGUAAUACACGUGUUAGAAAAUACUGGGAGCCUGCUCCUUCCUUUUGUGUUCUCUGCAGCAAUGUCGCCUAACUUGGAAACCUGGCGUGAACUUGACAGAUUGUUGGAUGCAACACUCACGAAUGAAGUGAGUCGGAAAGCAUCAAUUGCACAAGGAUCAGCACUUAUGAGGGUAGGCGCAGCUGUUUUUUCUGAAUGUCCAUCCCUUAAAACCAUGAGAGAAACAUUUCUAGGUUCUGGGGUUGUUUCUUUCCACCACGCUCCUAUUUUUGGGCUUAUAUGUGGACUUCUCGGAAUGGAUGCCGGAGUUUCUCAGAGGGCUUACAUGUUUAUAACAAUGAGAGAUAUCAUUUCUGCCGCGACAAGGCUAAAUUUGGUAGGACCCCUAGGUGCUGCCAUCCUGCAGCAUCAGAUUGCUCCUGUUGCCGAAGAUAUGAUGAGAAAAUAUAUGGACCGAUCAGUUGAUGAAGCAUGCCAAACAGCUCCUUUAAUUGAUUUGGUGCAGGGUUGCCAUGGUUACUUGUUUUCUAGACUAUUCUGCUCUUAAAAGCGUGAAACAAUGCUUCAUCAGCUUCUUCUCUCACUUCUCUGUAGGUCUUUGGACCUUAUCUUGGGCCCUAAAAGAUUUGCUAGCUGAUGGCAUCUGUUCAGCUCCUGUACCAAUUGAUGGAUGAAUGUCAUGCAUCGUCUGUGGAUUCUGUCUUCGUAUUUGUUGAAUGACUUGUUUCUAGAUUACAAAUAGAAUUUCUGGAAUUUUGUUCUUUAUGUUGUGAAUCUUCUUUGCCACGUCAUAACAAUUCUAUGGUACAUCUGAGGACAUUGGUGUGGUUGUUGCUUUCAAGCGACAGUUGUGACACCAAGGGACCCAUUUUCGUGGUGCUAGACAUGCUUAGAAGUGAUGAUUUCUCGUGUACUUUGCCAUGAUUGACAGGAGCUAAUGGUACUUUGAAAAUGAAAUCACCACCGUUAAACAAGCGGAUUCAUUAUAGUGUUGAUAUCUGGACCAUAUUUCCCCAUGUGGCUGUUAAGAGAGACAGGGUAUAUAUGGCACAGAGGUUUGGGGCGGCAUCUCUGGCACAAAAUUUUACAAUGCAACAGUAGUCAUACAUGUCCAUGCACUUCAUUGUGCGAUACUAUUCGUGUCAAUGCCUACGAAUAUAGAGUCAUGCUCCUCAAGUCAAGACAGAUGAGAUGCUUUAUUGCCCAUUUUCCGUCAUGUUUCAUUCAUUUCGGAAGCUUACUAAGCACACACAGAUCAGCCUUUGCAGAACAUGUGAAAUCUUUUACGGGAAUUCACCAUCAAUAGUCUUGUUCCCUGCUGCCUUUUCAAAGGUGUUAGAAAUGGACUAUCAUUGAUCCAGAAAUUUCAUGUGAAACAGAGUGGCAGACAACACCGUAUGUCAACCUUGACUUCUAUAUCCUUUAAUAUAUAUUUUUUUUAAAAA